AUGAUGGAGUGGAAUAUGUUUCAAAUCUUUCUGCUUGUUCUGUUAUGUGUCACUGUGUCUGUCAUUGGGCAAUGUUCUGUGUCUACUCAAUGUUCAGUGUGUGAUCCAGGAGGUCGUGCUGUGUGUGGAUCUAUAUGUCCUAAAGAUGUGGCACUGCCAGCUAAUAUUGUUUACCUAAGAGUGGACAAUGGAACGUGUGAUGCAUGGGCAAGACAAGGUACGCUAAGACCGGAAUACUUCGGAACUUAUAAUGACCUGAAAGUUUUAAAUUUAACCCAGGCUCAUGUGGACAGAUUUCAGCCAGUGGCCAUGUUUACUUCAAUGCCAAAUCUUAUAGAACUUUAUCUGUCACACAACCUAAUUAGAAGUUUUUCUCCAACUGCAUGGACUGGACUAUCGUCACUAGAACAUUUGGAUUUAAGUCACAAUACUAUAGUGGGCUUGGUUGCUCAGUCAUUUUCAAAACUGAUCAAUCUGAAACAAUUAGAUCUUUCAAAUAACAAAAUCACAAUGCAGAUACCAGACACAGCGUUUGCUGGACUUGUACAACUGAAGACUUUAUCCAACAAUCCCAUUUCAAAUAUUGGAUCAAACGUUUUCCAACCUUUGGUUAAUGUAGAAACAAUACAAAUGAACAAUUUAACUUUAACAAACAUUUCAAAUGGACUUUUGAGUAAUUUAAAAUCAUUGAGAACUGUGGACAUUUCCGAUAACAGUAUAUCUUCAGUGGCGAAUGAUUUCUUGACUGGAACAACUUUAGAUUUACUAGAUCUAUCUAAUAAUGUGUUGACAUCUAUUCCAUCUGACGCUUUCAAAAACUCUGCCACACCACCCAGAAUACUGAACCUGGCUUACAAUAAAAUAACCCAGAUCUCAAGUACAGAUUUAAAAGGUAUUACAGCUAACAGAUUAGAUCUAAGUGGCAAUCCAAUAACUACAGUCGCUGGUGACGCCUUUGAUGGAGCUUCCAUCUCCUACAUAGAUCUGAGCAACACAGGUUUGACAUCAUUACCUAACUCUACAGAGGCGUGGCUCAAAGGAAGUACAUCAACGAUAAAUGUACAUAACAGCAACUGGCAAUGUGAUUGCAACACAGUUUGGUUGGUCGAACUAUUGAUCAGUCAUUCAAAUAUUGUCUCACCAACUUGUGGAGCCAACUCUCAAUAUCCUGGUCAGCUCUUGUCCAGUGCAGCAAUUCAGAUAAGAGAUGUUUGUAAAUCAGCAUCAGGGGAAAACAAUCUAGAUCUAACAUUGACGGAUUGUAUCACAGAUACUGCUUAA